CUGAGAGUGCUCUCCCCUGACUGAAGUCUUCUCGAGGAGCGGCAGACGUUAAAAUAUUAUUUUUUCUAUAAUUAUGGGGAAACGGUUCUAUUGUGAUUUUUGUGAUAAAUCAUUCCCAGACAACUUGGCAAGCAAAAAGAACCACUUCAAUGGCUUUCACCAUCAACGAAUGAGAAAAGCGCAUUAUGAUGCAUUCAGAGACCCGAUGACAAUUUUAGCAGAGGAGGCAGCAAAGAGACCAUGUCUCAGUUUCUUUCAGACAGGUAACUGUAAUUUUGGGGACGGAUGCCGCUUUUCUCAUUUGACUGAAGAAAGAAAACAGCAUCUGGAAGCAGAAUGCCUUAGGAAAAAGCAUGAGAAACGAAAAGGACCAUCAGAAGGCCCUGGCAGUUCCCUUGCUGUUGGUUUCCUGGAAGACUGGUUGGCAAAAAGAUCGGAAGCACCGGAAAAGAAUCCUACCAAAAAACAUUUGUUCCCAAGCUACAGAUUACCACAGAUUUUGGAAAAUAUUCCGCAUAUUCCACCAUCUCUGUUACCUCCCACCAGAGAGGACUUUGAGAACCUGCCUCGUCUAGAGUGGGGGUAAAAAAAUCUUUUCACAGUAUUUUAGAAGUUUCUUGGUUUGUUGUUGUUGUUUUUUUUUUAAGUUCCUACAUAAAUUGAGCUUGUGGGUUAGGCUGCAAGCCACCAAAGGAAGGGUGCAGAAAAAGACUAGUUAUUUGCAUCAUCUUCCGGACUAAACCACAUAAAUUUUCAGCAAAGAAGAGAGUCACAUGCUUAUUUGAAGCUAAAAGAGUGUCUUUGUCAAAAAUGUAAAUAAGUGUAUUUCAUGUAUUUAUUAUUGUGUGUUUUACUAAUGUAACAUUUUACAGAUUGUAGGGAUUUUGUUAAUGUCUGUGCAAAGUAAGAUCCAUAGAGUUUUCAAAUUUUUUGCUGCACUUUUACUUAAAUUGCAUUGAAGCAACAAAAUACCACUUUUUCAUUGCAUCUCAGUCAUAAGUGAAUGAUAAUCAUUAGAACAAAAAUUAAUUCGUAAAAAUGGAAUAUGGUAACUGGAUCUGAGAAUUUGCAUGAGCAUUACUGCAGCAAGUGCGAUCUAUCCUGUUCAUGGUGCUGCACAUUACAAAUACCUAUCAUCAUUAUUAUUAGUGACUUCCAAGAUUUGCUUUUUUCCUAUCAGCUUUAUGAGUAUCUACAGUGUAUGCCUGCACACGUAUACAAACAAGCAAUUUGUUGCUGAGAGGAAGCUGAAAAUUAAGGAAGACCAAUAAAGAUAAUGAGAUCAGAA